GAAUGGACAACGCAUCUACUGGCCUCGAAGUAGCCACGUGUCCACCUACUCCACGUCGUCAUCCGACUUGGCACCUCCAUUCGCUUGAAAAUGAUACGUCCCAUCCGGCCAUCCCCUAUCCUGUGAAGCAAAUUAGGGCACUUUCUAUUCUGGGCACAAUUGCGCAGAGUCCAGCAGAUACAGAAGAAGAGUCCAUCCAAGCUCUGAAGCGAGGAAGCAAGAUAGGGAAAAUAAUAGAAAAAUAGAAAAAAAAACAGGAAGAAGUAAAGGAACAAAGAACAAAGAAAAAGAGAAAAGACAAGAAUAACGGGGCGGGAGAUAGACACGGAGAUACAGCUUGUUGUAUUAUUACCGCCAUGAAUGGCGAUAGUGGAGGAGGUGAAGCAGUUAAAACUGAGAAAACGAAAGAAGCUUUAGUGUUCAUGUGGGGUUAUCUUCCCGGAGCCUCGCCACAGCUCUCGCCUCUUCUUUCGCCGCUUGUUGUUCGGCUUCCGGUCUCAAUCGGCGUUGGAGAUUCUUGGAAAGAUGUUUGUGGUGGUGGAUGUGGAUUUGCCAUGGCUAUUUCUGAAUCUGGAAAGCUUAUUACCUGGGGUUCAGCAGACGAUCCUGGCCAAAGCUAUGUAACUUCGGGGAAGCAUGGGGAAACUCCAGAGCCAUUUCCUCUUCCAACAGAAGCUUCAAUAGUGAAGGCUGCAGCAGGUUGGGCCCAUUGUGUUGCAGUUACAGAGAAGGGAGAAAUCUAUACAUGGGGCUGGAAAGAGUGUGUUCCCUCAGGGAAGGUCAUUGGAGAUGCAGCUAUUGGUGGAAGCAUAGAAAAGGAUGUACUUGAAAGGCAGAGUUCGUUAUUGACCGAACAAGUCAGCCCAAGAUCUCAUGGUUCAAGAUCAGCUAGUGGAACAGUUUCUGGUUUUGACAGUAGAGGAAGUGGUGAGGAAGGUACAAAGUGAAGAAGAAUAUCAUCAUCUAAACAAGCACCAGAAAGCUCAACAUCUGGUGAUGAAACCCUUUCAGCUUUGCCAUGUCUGGUCACUUUAAGUCCAGGGGUGAGGAUUACAACUGUUGCUGCAGGUGGGCGUCACACUUUAGCAUUGUCAGAUAUAGGACAGGUGUGGGGUUGGGGCUAUGGAGGUGAAGGACAGCUAGGGUUGGGUUCUCGUAUCCGCAUGGUCUCUUCUUCUCAUCCUGUACCUUGCCUUGAACCUUCUGCAUAUGGAAAGGACAAAUCUUCAGCAGUUCCUCAGGGAAGCAUGAGUUUGGAGGGGCAGGUUUGUAAAGUUCCUGGAAAUUAUGUGAAAGCCAUUGCCUGCGGAGGUCGUCAUAGUGCUGUAAUAACAGAUGCUGGAGCACUACUUACUUUUGGUUGGGGACUUUAUGGACAGUGUGGGCAGGGAAGUACAGAUGAUGAGUUGAGUCCAGCUUGUGUAUUAUCUCUCUCGGGUAUCCAGAUAGAGGGAGUUGCUGCUGGACUAUGGCAUACGAUUUGCAUUUCAAUUCAAGGUGAUGUGUAUGGCUUUGGAGGAAAUCAGUUUGGGCAGUUGGGUACUGGUGCUGACCAGGCUGAGGUUCUUCCAAAGCUCUUGGAUGCCCCAAGUUUGGAGAAUAGGAGUGCAAAAUUUGUUUCUUGUGGAGCUCGGCACAGUUCUGUGAUCACAGAUGAUGGAAAAGUAUUCUGCUGGGGAUGGAACAAGUAUGGCCAGCUUGGUUUGGGUGAUGUCAGCGAUCGCAAACUACCUUGUCAGGUUCCCCUGGAUGGUUGCCUCCCAAAAAAAGUAGCCUGUGGCUGGUGGCACACGCUGGUGCUGGCUGAGUCACCAAUUUGAGACAAACUUAUUCAGAGGCUGAUGCAGUUUUGUUAGGACGUUAGUUUUUUUUUUCCCCUUUCUUGACUAAUGUAGGUCAUCUGUAUGUUAUCUAC